AUGAAGCACAAGCACUAUACCAAUGCUUGCUAUCUUUGCAUGUCUGACUGGGAAUCAAUUGACCAUUUAUUCUUCAAGUGCAAAUUCAAUAUUCUUAUUUGGGAGUUCAUUCAAAAUGUUGCUGGUUUCUACAUCAGACCUGAUUGCUGGGCUAAUCUUAUCUCAUGGUGCUCAACUACAUGGUGCAACAAAUACUUCAUUACUCACAAACUUCUUUUGUCUGUUGCUAUUUACUUCAUUUGGACCGAAAGAAAUGCCAGAGCCUUUAGGAAUAAAUCAACCAGUGCUCAACACAUCAUUUGUCUUAUUAAGGGCUACAUAAGAACAAGGCUUACUUCAAUGGCACUGAGGAAAAGGACUGAGCUUUACCAGAAAGAGACUACGGAAAAACUACACAAACUUUUCCUUGAAGGCUGUGCUUUUGCAGGAGGACACUCAUGGCGCCUAUCAGAGUAA